GAACCAGGACAUGUGUACUUUUUCCCGCGCCCCAAAAAACCGCUCUAUAAAAUGCCCUAGAUUUUAUCGCAAAAAUUAUGCUCAAAAUCUUCUUAUUCCACUCCGAAUUCAAAACCCUAACUUACCAAAUCUUCCAACAAAUUCCAUCAGGAGUUAGUUAUUCCAUUACCUUAAUUAGAGAAUCACUAGCAGUAAUGGCAAGUCCUACAAAGAUUAUAGCUGAAUACGCAAAAUCAAACCGAUCUACAUGCAAAAAAUGUUCAGAUUCAAUUUCUGUAAAUACACUUAGGUUAGGUUUACAUGGUAAGGAUCCAAGAGGUUAUGAUGUUACUAAAUGGCAUCAUCUCAAUUGUUUCCCCUCCGAUUCUCUUCAACCUAUUCAUGGCUCUACUGACAAUAUUCAAGGGUUUUCUUCUCUGAAGAGUAGUGAUCAAGAAGCGCUUGAAAAGCUAACUUCUAAAUGUGAUUUGGAAUCAAAACAGGGUUCUGAUCAUGGUGAGAAGGAAGUGGAGGAGGGAAAUGGGAAAAAGGGUUCCAAAAAAUCAAAAGUUGAUAAGGUAGAUAAACACGACAAAGAAGGUGAACAAAAGAAAGUGAAGGUCGUUGCUGAGUACGCAAAGUACCAAAGCAAUUCCUUACUGCAAUGCACCAAAGCAAUUCCUUCAAAAACACUGAGAUUAGGCUUAGUUAGCAGUGAUCGGGGAUUUGAUAUGACAAAAUGGCAUCACCUGGGAUGCUUAUCAACUGUUCCUCUACAAGUUGAUUCUGUGGAUGAGAUAGAUGGGUUUACAUCACUUAAGAGCAAUCAUCAAGAAGCACUGAAGAAGCUAUUGAAUGGUGUGCCGUUGCCGGUAGAGGUUCUUAAAGAAGAUGAAGCUGCACUAGAUGAACUCCAAAGCAAAUCAAAGACAGCAAAGCCCUCUAUCAAGAUCAUCACUGAGUACGCAAAGUCUAGCCGCUCUUCUUGCAAGAAAUGCACCGAGGCAAUUCCUGCGAAGUCGCUGAGAUUAGGUUCAAUUAGCAAAGAACGAGGGCAUGAAGUGACAAGAUGGUAUCAUCCAGCUUGCUUUCCUACUGAUUCGCAGCCCAGUUCUGUUGAUGAGAUUGAUGGCUUUUCAUCACUUGAGAUUGUUGACCAAGAAGCCCUGCAGAAGAUAAUGGAUGAAUGCGAUCAAUUGCCUAAAGAGGUUCAUAAAGCAGAUGAAUCUACGCUGGACGAAGGCAAGGGACGUAGUUCCAAGAAACUGAAGGUAGCUGAGUAGGAGAUACUUGAGGCUGCCAGAUCAAGUUUAGAGGCAACAGAGCCAAACAGGGAGGCGUGGAUGAUGCUGUGUAGGAGCUUUUUGGAAGGUCCUUUAGUCUUGUCAUCUUAAAGGAGGAAAGAAAAAGGAGCUUUUUACUCUUAGACUUAUGGUUUUUUCCUUUUCCCUUUUAGGCUAGUGUAGUUUCUUUUUCUUUUCUUUUCCCCCCUUUCUUUCUGUUUUAUUUGUGUACUUGUUAUUUACUUCCCGUAAAAACUUUGUGCAUGAAUAAAAUCUUCCACUAAUAUCAAAAAGGUUCGU